CUUUACUUUGAAAAGAGCGGGUGUUCCGGCACAGCGGCACAGUGGGAGGACACUGAGGAUCGGGAGUGUCCCGUUCACACGCUCCAGCAGCGGAUCACAGGAGGAACAAACUAACCGGACGCGGUGGAUGGAAACUUUAUGUCCGGAUGCGUCUUUUUGUUGCACUUAUCUGGGGAAACUGUUUUUAAAAGACUGACGAUCCGGGACAUUGUUCAUGUUUUGACUUUUCAUCUGAACCGGCCACUCACUCACUCAUUCAUUCAUCACUAAGCCGCUGCACCCAUAGUCUGAAGGGCUGUUUUUAAAUCACCCCCUCCUCUGGUGUGUGGCUGAGCCCCGUGGACAAGAUGGACCCCCAGCUCUCUGUCCGCAGGUACCCGCUGCUGGUGCUGCUCUGCGCGGCCGCUGCCCUGUCGGGGACCCGGAGCCCCGUGGCUGCAGCGGGGAGGAGCUGCGCCGACACCCGGCAGGUGUACGCGGAGAAGGGCUACGGCACAGACACCGCUCCGCUGACUCAAAUCUCCGGUGAGCACCUGCGGCUCUGUCCUCAGGACUACACCUGCUGCUCCAGUCAGAUGGAGGAGACGCUGGCCCUCCAGAGUGAGAGGGACUUCAUGAAAGCCGUCGAAGAAAACAGCCAGUUCCUGUUGACCACCUUCAGCCAGAGACACCGCAGAUUUGACGAGUUCUUCAGGGAGAUCAUCGACCUCUCGGAGAAGUCUGUGAACCAGAUGUUCACCAAGACCUACGGCCGGCUCUUCACCCAAAAUGCACACGUCUUCCAGGAGCUGUUUGUGGAGCUGCGCAGAUAUUACUCUGGGGGCAGUGUCAGUCUGACCGAGGUUCUGUCCGACUUCUGGUCCAGACUCGUGGAGCGGGUCUUCUCUCUGGUCAACCCCCAGUAUCAGUUCAGCGAGGACUACCUGGAGUGCGUCAGCAAACACACAGAACAGCUGCAGCCGUUCGGAGACGUGCCUCGCAAACUGCGCGUACAAGUAUCCAGGGCUUUCAUUGCAGCCAGAGCUCUAUCUCAGGCCCUGGCUACAGGUCGGGAUAUCGUUAACAAAGCAACUAAGUUGACAGCAGACUCUGAGUGUGUGCGUGGCCUGAUGCGUCAGUGGUACUGCCCUCUGUGUCGAGGGCUGCCCUCCCUGCGGCCCUGCCACUCCCUGUGCCUUAACGUGAUGAAGGGCUGCUUAGCCAAUCAGGCCGACCUCGACACCGAGUGGAACAAUUUCAUUGAUGCUCUUUACCAGGUUUCAGAGAAGUUGGAGGGGCCGUUCAACAUGGAGCUUGCGGCCGACUCCAUCUCUGUGAAGGUGUCAGAGGCCAUCAUGCACAUGCAGGAAAACAGCGUCACCAUCUCCACUAAAGUGUUCCAGGGCUGUGGAAACCCCCGACCGACUCCAGGACGGACUCAACGCUCACCGAAAGAGUCCGGGGGAAACAGGAGGCCGUUCCGCACCUACAGCCCUGAAGAGAAACCCACCACUGCUGCAGGCACCAACCUGGAUCGACUGGUCACCGAGCUGAAGGAGCGACUGCGGCCGAUGCACGGCUUCUGGGUGUCCCUCCCACACACCACCUGCAACGAUGAGAGGCUGGCUGCCGACGUCACUAAUGAGGAGCGCUGCUGGAACGGGCAGACCCGGGGGAGGUACCUGCCCGACGUGACGGGCGACGGUCUCGUCAGCCAGAUCAACAACCCCGAGGUGGAGGUGGACAUUGCGCGGCCGGAUGUGAGGACCAGACAGCUGAUCAUGGAGCUGAGGGUGGCGACCAACAAACUGAGACACGCUCAGAGCGGACAAGACAUGGACUUCAUGGACAGUGAGGAGGGCAGUGGUUCAGGGGGAGGGGAUUACGGUGAAAGGUACAAUGAUGAUUGGCCGGGCUAUGGGCCUUACUCUCCCCCUUAUAACAAACCCCCUCGUAACCCGGACUCCAACCCCGCAAAGCCUCCUCGGGUCCGGGAGAAAGGCGGCUCCAAGUGGAACAGAAACAACGGCCAUGGACGGGUUCGUUCGGCGACCAGCGGGCUCACGUCCUCGCUGCUAUCUUUGUGUUCUUUCCUGGUCACUGUUGCCCCCAUGUGGAGAUAACCGGUUAUUACAGAGUGGAGGUUUUCUGUCAUGCUGGAGUCUCAAGCACAUUGUUUAACAAAAUAAGUCAUUCCAUUUUUUUACACUAGCGGAAAUAACAAACAAAGAUAAAACAGGUUAAUUUAGCAAUAAUCAAAAAACCUGUUUACAGCACAAAAUAAAAAGGUAAAAGUUAAUAUUUUUCCUACUGCCCAAGCCACAAAAGAGGCAUUUUCAAAUGAUUAAAACUAAUACUUAAUCAAUAGGUACUGCCCUUUUUUAGUGCCAUUUGUUGGAGAUGUUUGACCUGUUGGAGUCAUGAUGCUGAACUGUGCUGGAGCAUAGAGGUGGAACUAAAGUAAUGAAACAGCAAAAGGAAUGAGCAGCAUGGUCUGAGAGAGAGAGAGAGAGAGAGAGAGAGAGAGAGAGAGAGAGAGAGAGAGAGAGAGAGAGAGAGAGAGAGAGAGAGAGAGAGAGAGAGAGAGAGAGAGAGAGAGAGAGAGAG